CGCAGGCGCAGAUGUGUGUGGCGGGUCAGCUGAUCCGCGGUGCGGUCUCUCGGUUUCAGGCCGCUCGCUUGGCCCUGUGAGCCGCAGCAGCCAUGGCUAGCCAGUCGCAAGGAAUCCAGCAGCUGCUGCAGGCCGAGAAGCGGGCCGCGGAGAAGGUGUCCGAGGCCCGCAAGCGAAAGAACCGGAGACUGAAGCAGGCCAAAGAAGAAGCUCAGGCUGAGAUUGAGCAGUACCGCCUGCAGAGGGAGAAAGAGUUCAAGGCCAAGGAAGCUGCGGCCUUAGGAUCCCGUGGCAGCUGCAGCAGUGAAGUGGAGAAGGAGACCCAGGAGAAGAUGGCCAUUCUGCAGACCUACUUCCGGCAGAACAGGGAAGAGGUCCUGGAUAACCUCUUGGCCUUUGUCUGCGACAUCCGGCCAGAAAUCCAUGAAAACUACCGCAUAAAUGGAUAGAAGAAAGAAGCACCUGUUGUGUGGAUUGGCAUUGUAGAUGCUCUUGUGGAAUAUGAAGCUUUAGCAAAGUUGGUUUCUAUUCUUAUGAAAUGCAUUAAAUUAUUUCUUAAAUUGUA